AUGCUCUCGGCGGUACUUCACGUGGCGGAAGGGCUAGAGGCGAGGGCGGUGAGAGAGUUGCUGUUCGAGCGCGCGGGGGAGGCCCACGCUGCGCGCCAAGAGGUGGAGGACUUCCUGCUGGGUGCGGUGGACCUCGUGCUCAAUUCCCCAGACGCCUUCGAGACGGCUCUUGCGUCCCACGAGCUAAGUGAAUCCCCCAUUGGCAAGCAGAGGGGUGACAUUUUGGUGACGGGUCUGACAAUGAUUGCGAGGAGUUGCUUGCUUCUCUCAACAAGAAAUUCCCCACCAAAAAUCUUGGAGAAUGCGAAUGGUUUGACGGGUGCGCCAUUGAGGGAGAUGUUGAGGCUGGGACUCUUAGAAUCUCCCCAAACCGCGUACAUUGAUAGCAUGGUGAAACGCUUUGAUGUACAAUCGGCCUCCCGCAUCCCUGCUUCCCCUGGUGUCGACCUAGGACCGAAGCGAGAUGACGAGAAGGGAGGGGAGUNCGUAGACGCUAGCUACGCCGACACGGAGGAUAAGCGUUCGGUGUCAGCGCUGGCGACGACGGUUGGACUUACCGUAGUGAGCCAUGGUAGCAAGACACAGAGCAUCGUGUCUUUGUCUUCGACGGAAGCCGAACCGACAACGGAGCAACACGCGGACCUCCUCACCAAGGCCCUUAGCAGGGCUAAUCUGCAGUACCACCGGCGCACGUUGAUGCAUUUGCCGGAGUAGCUGUAGGAGUUUCUAGCACUUGGGAGAGACCAUGUUUUCCAUGCGGGGAAAGGCGCGUAACUGUUGCGGUCUGUGUACCAAUGGCAGGAGUAGGGGGCGUUGGAAGACCAUCGUCCAGGGGAACGUAGUUCCUCGCGUUCUUGUCUUCGCCUUGGCCUUUCUANUGGUAAGUGCGGCCGUUGUAAGCCGCUGUGAUAGCGACGGUUUUUUGUGGUGGAAGGGUUUUUCCUUGAGGGGUUUUGCCCGGACG